AUGUCAACUACUCCUCCUCUCAUGCCUGAGCUUGCUGCUCUCACAGGCGACGACUCAAUGCUCACCAGACGCUUCGGCAAGGAAGUCAUCAACUACUACGCUGGCAGUCGUCUCAAUCGCUACUCAUUCCUCCGCUCAGAUGCCGCCUUUCUCAGCAAGGCCGCCACAAGCGACUCUGCGCGCUUCGUCGUAUUGAAGGACCUGAACCCCUUUGUCGUCGACAAGCGGAAGCUUGCGCUGUCUACAUAUGACGAUGUCCAGCGGCUUGUUGAGGAGCUGUUCGAGCAGACGGAUGCGCAGAGGACCAAAGAUUACGAUUCCACAGCUGAACCCCCCGUGCUGGUUGUGUUCUUGGGCAUGGUGGAUGGCGGCGAUGCAAUUUUCCAGACUUCCGAGCACGGCGAGGUCAAGGGCCAGCCGUUCUUCGCACUUGACGUAACACCCAAAGGUCGGCGCAAGGGCCUCGCAGAGACGUGGGUCAAGACGCAGGAGGACAAGGGACUGCGGAUAGCAACAGACACUAGAAGCCUGUCGUUGCACUCAGAAGCUGCCGCCAUGUUUGCCCAAGCCCGCUCAAUAAUUGACUGGAAUACCCGCAACACCUUCUGUGCUGGCUGUGGCAACCCCAAUCUAUCUGUUGCGGCAGGCUACAAGCGCAUCUGUCCGCCGACCUCCCGCAAGGGAAGCUCUGGAGCAACCCAACUCGCCGACUGCCCAACGCGCCACGGCGUAUCCAACGUCUGCUUCCCCCGAACUGAUCCCACCAUGAUUGCCGCCGUAGUGUCCGCUGACGGUCAACGUAUUCUUCUGGGCCGGCAGAGCCGCUGGCCGCCCCACUGGCACAGCGCGCUUGCGGGAUUCCUGGAACCCGGCGAAUCCAUUGAGGAGGCGGUGCGUAGGGAAGUGUGGGAAGAAGCCGGUGUGCGUGUGGGAAGGGUCGUCGUGCAUUCUACACAACCAUGGCCCUAUCCGUCUAGUCUGAUGAUUGGCGCCAUCGCACAAGCGCUGCCGGGCGACGGAGAGACCAUCAGCUUGAACGACAAAGAACUAGAGAGUGCAAGAUGGUUUACCUUUGAAGAGGUCCGGACGGCACUCGCUCAGACCGCUGGUGGUUUGGGUGCGCCGCCGCCAAAGGACUACAAGCAAGGCGACUUGAGAGUUCCGCCGCCCCAAGCUAUUGCGAAUAGGCUGAUGACGGCCGUGGUGGAGGGCUAUCUGUCAGGCAACCCCAAGAUUUAA